AUGAUAACUUUAAUUAUUGUACUACUUACUAUUCUAGCGCUAUAUAUAUACGGCACAUGGACGUAUAAAUACUGGAAGCAGAGGGGAAUUAAACAUGACAAGCCUAUACCGUUCCUUGGCAACAAUGCGAGAAAUUUCCUGAUGCAGAUGAGCCCAUCUGAAAUGGCGGCUGAAAUGUACUGGAAGUAUCCAAAAGAGAAGCUCGUCGGGUUCUACCGAGCGUUUCGACCGGAGCUCGUGGUGAGAGAUCCCGAAAUUGUGAAAAGAAUUUUAACGACUGACUUCAUUCACUUUUAUCCGCGUGGUAUAAACGUACACAAGAAAGUCAUUGAACCGAUGCUGCGUAAUCUGUUCUUUGCGGACGGUGACGUCUGGCGGUUGCUGCGACAGCGCAUGACCCCGGCGUUCACCAGCGGCAAGCUGAAGGCAAUGUUCCCUUUGAUCGUCGAGCGAGCAGAGAAGCUACAAGCGCGAGUCCUGGACGCCGCUUCAAGUGGCCGCACAUUAGACGCUCGUGAAUUGCUGGCUCGCUACACAACUGAUUUUAUCGGAGCUUGUGGCUUCGGUCUUGAAUCGGACUCGCUCAGUGACGAGAACUCACCAUUCAGACAAUUAGGAGCUAAAAUCUUUUCAGCCAACGCAAAGCAGCUUUUUAUUGGUAUGCUUAAACUUAUGUUCCCUGAAAUAUUUAAAUAUGCAAAAACGCAAGGGGAAGUGGAGGCCGACAUCGUUCCUCUUGUAAAGGAAAUCCUGAAGCAAAGGAACUAUCAACCGUCGGGGCGUAACGACUUUAUAGACCUGCUGUUAGAAUGCAAAGCUAAAGGUACAAUCGUAGGAGAGUCUAUAGAGCACUUUAAACCAGAUGGAACACCCGAAAUCGCAAAAUUGGAGUUGGAUGACUUACUAAUGGCAGCGCAAGUCUUUGUAUUCUUCGCCGCCGGCUUCGAGACUUCAUCAUCUGCCACGAGCUACACUUUACACCAGUUGGCGUAUAAUCCUGAGGUACAAAAAAAAGUACAGUCAGAAAUCGAUCGGGUCUUGGCUAAACAUGACAACAAAAUGAGUUACGACGCAAUUAAGGAAAUGACGUAUCUGGAGUGCGCGUUCAAAGAGGGCAUGAGGAUGUUCCCUUCCUUAGGCUUUUUAAUUCGUCAGUGCGUGAGCAAAUAUACGAUUCCUGAAAUUAACGUGACAAUUGACCCGGGAGUUGUAGUCUUUAUUCCGCUACAAGCGAUGCAUAAUGAUCCGCAAUACUUCGCCAAUCCCGAGCAGUUCCGGCCGGAAAGGUUUCUACCCGAAGAAUUUGAUUCUAACAAUAAAUACGUGUACUUGCCAUUUGGCCUCGGACCUCGCGCUUGCAUCGGUGAACGACUGGGCUUGAUGCAGUCGCUGGCGGGACUGGCGGCCGUACUGUGCUGCUGCUCCGUGGAGCCCGGUCCCACCACGAUACGCAACCCCAAGAUAGACCCAAGAAGCGGCAUCGUGCAGUCUAUCAAGGGCGGUUUACCUCUAGUGUUUCGUAAAAGGGAAAUCAAAAAUUAA